UGCACAUACACACGUACAUAUUCUUUGACAAAACAUACAUGUAUUUAUUACUAAUUUAUUGUAAAAAAUAGGAGUAAUUAGGAGAAUAAAGAAUCGAAGUUAAUCAAGAUACUAAAAAAAAUUUGAAUGUUUGACAAAGGUCAUGAACCUAAAAACUAAUUACUACAAGAAUACAAUAUUACAUUCUUUUACAUACAAACUUAUACCGAGACCUGUUGUUCCACCAAUUUUAGACUAUUUCUAUUGUGCCUGUCAUAUAAAAGUUCUAUCUCAAGCCAUCCACGGUUUACGAUUGUUUUCAUCUCAAUAUAAGUGUCUCGAUCCCAUAUAGUUUCCAAAUUAAAGAAGCAGGAAAAUGAAGUCGUCCUAUAAAACCACCAACUUUAUCCUCCUCCUUAAACUGCCGCAUUUCAACUGCUCGCUGAAAUGGAUCAUGCGACUAAAGAAUCAUUAAUAAUGCAAGCGCUUUACACAGUCGAAGACAACUUCCAUUGUCCAUCUUCCACUGGACUAACUUUCUUCAUCUGUAAAAAAUAUCAACAUGCUCCACAUGUCCCACGCUUACCAUAAAGUUCUCUUAGUCGCGCCUCGUUUUCAUAAUGUAUCGUCGAGCAUAAAAGUUUGCAUAUACGUGAUGGCAAAUUUUUAUGAACGUGUAAUACCAAAGAGAAAAAGAACACGAACUAAUAAAAGCGACGAACUCUCAAUGAUCAUUAUUUGUUCUCACAACCCUAAUUUAUUUAUUCACCGUUUUGUCUAACAAAGUACGUCAAUAAGAUGAUAGCAUUUUCUUUUGCACGUCACGCACAUUCUGGUCCCCGCAAUAUUGGUAUACGAUAAUACGAUGGAACUUUCGCGUUUGGAAAAUUAGAUCUCAGGCAUGCGUCGUACUAAUGCUUCAUACAAGACGGAUCAUUUUUCAUGGAUGAUAAAAGACAAUACCCAUUUGGCCGUGGACAUGGAACGUACAGACGGAUAUAAUGAUUUAGAGUGGGCAAUUGGUCUAAAUCGGCUCGUGUUGAAAAUCAUCGGAUUAUGGCCAUCGGAUAAUCGAGGUUCUCAUAUGACCAUGAAAUCGAAAAUUCAGCUAUUGUGCAGCGUUAUCAUGUUACUUUUCGUACUGGCAAUACCAUCUUUUUUAUCACUGAUAAGAGUAUGGGGCGACAUGACUCUAGUGGUAGAUAAUUUGAUAUACAGCCUACCGGUGUCGAUCGCUAUAUUAAAAGUUUGUAUUCUUUGGUACAAACAAGAAGAUUUAGUGCUUCUGAUUGAUAUGAUCGCGACGGACUGGAUGAAACCAAAGAUGAAAGAAGAACGGGACGUUAUGCUAAGGCUCGCAAAAAUCAGUCGUAUGGUCGCUAUAUAUGGAUGGCUCCCGCCGUUCAUUUCAGGAAUAAUUUAUUUCACCCCUACGUGUUUUGGACGGACUAUCAGACACAUUACAAAUUUGACAGAUCCUGGAAAACCGUUGAUGGUACAAGCAUACUAUUUACACGACGUUUCCAAGAGCCCGCAAUUCGAACUGACGCUUUUGGCCCAAGGAAUUGCUCUUUUUAUCACGGGUAUCUCUUAUUAUGCGAUCGACCACUUUUUCGGAUUAUUAGUCUUGCAUGUAUAUGGCCAAAUGGAGAAUCUGCAUAUCCGAUUGACACAUAUGGAGCGAUAUACUAACUUUGAUUCAGUUUUGAAAUAUAAUGUUCAGGAUCACAGCCGCUUAAUGAGAUUCAUUGAAAUCAUCGACGAUUCAUUCGACCUGUUACUACUUGUCAUAAUACUAUAUUUUGGCAUAAUAUUCUGUCUACUGGGAUUUGUCAUAAUUAACAUUCUUAAUGAGGAUGGUCAAUUGUCAUUUAUGCAAAUAGUUUGGUUCGUUGGAGCAACCAUAUCAUUUUUGUUGCACAUGUACCUUUACUGCGUCGUUGGCGAAACUCUCGUGACGCAAUGUGAAAAGAUUCACCGUGCCGCAUACGAAUAUACGUGGUACACUUUAGAUCCAAAAGCAGCGAGGAACUUAAUUCUAAUAAUGCUGCGUGCAAGCAAACCAAUGUACAUCACGGCUGGGAAAACAUUUCCUAUGACGAUGGCAACGUUUUGCAAUUUGUUGAAAACAUCAACAGGUUAUAUAUCAGUCUUGCUUGCCAAUCAAGAUCAACGGUGGUAAUAAGAACUUUAUGUUCAAACUUUAGCGAAUGUUUAGUCAAAUUAAUUAUCAUAUAAUGAUAUAUGACAAUUGAAUUGCACAUACACACAUACAUAUUCUUCGACAAAACAUACAUGUAUUUAUUACUAACUUAUUGUAAAAAUAGAAAAAAUUAAGAAAAUAAAGUAAGGAACGUAAUCAGGAUAUCACAAGAGAUUGAGUUCUUGACAAGGUCACGAACCUAAAGACAAACUAGUACGAAGCUACAAUGUAAGUAUUACAUUUUUUUAUAAAUAGAUUUAUAUGAAGAUCUGUUGUUUCAUCGCUUUUAGACUAUUUCCAAUGUCCCUGUCGUAUAAAAGUUCUAUCUCAAUCCAUUCAUGGUUUACGAUUAUUUUCAUCUCAAUAUAAAUGUCCCGCUCCAGAAUAGUUUUCAAAUUAAAGAAGCAGGAAAACGAAGUUGUCUUAGAAAACCAUCAACUUCAUCCUUUUUCUCAAACUGCCUGAAUUCAACUGCCCUCUGAAACUGAUCAUGCGACUAAAGAAUCAUUAAUAAUGCAAGAGCUCUACACAACCGAUCACAACUUGUACGUCUUCCACUGGACUAACUUUCCUCAGUUGUAAAAAAUAUCAACAAACUACACACCUUCCACACUUACUACAAAGUUCUCUUAACGCCGUUCCUUUUUCGCAAUGUAUGGUCGAGCGAAAAACUUUGCACACACGUGAUCGUAACCAUAAAUAUAUGUGAGAUACUAAAGAGGAAAAGAACACGAACUAAUAAAAGUGAUAAACCUUCUAUGACCAAUUUAUGUGUGCAGGACUUAUUUAUCCACCACUUUGCCUAACAAAGUGCGUCAACAAGAUGAUACCUCCUCUUGCACGUCACGCACAUUCUGAUUCCUACAAUAUGUAUGAUAAUGCAAUAGAACUUUUGGAGACUUACAUCUCAGGCAUACGUUGCAAUAAUGCUUCGUACAAGUCGGAUCGUUUUUCAUGGAUGAUAAAAGACAGUACCCAUUUGGCCGUGGACAUGGAACGUACAGACGAAUAUAAUGGUGCCACUUUCGGCUAGCAAUCCAGUUUUUUUACACUAAUUACCUUCCAAUUUGAAAUUACUAUAUUAUAUUUUAUAUUUUAUUUAUUUCUUCUCCGAUCGAUCUUAAAAUGCACGUCUGUCAUACCGCGUAUUAUCAAUACAACUCGUUCGAAGGAAUUGAGCACUAUAGAAAUUAAUUCGUGCGAUAUCACAGAAAUUAUUAUAGAGACAUUUCAAUUUUGUAAA